AUGAUAUGGCACUUCACCUCCUUUUUCCCUCUCUCCUCCCACUCUCCCCCCCGUUUCCCCCCUUUCCCCUGCCCCGGGUUCUUCUCGAAAGUCCUUCUCCACGGCGGCAGCAGCAGCAAGAAGGCGGGGAGUGGUAGCAGCUAUAUCCAAGGACACGCGGGGGGCGCUGGUGUGCGUCUCAUGGAUGCUCCUGCCACGGCAGCAGCAGCAGCAAAAAGGCGGGGAGUCGUAGCAGCUAUAUCCAAGGACAGGCGGGGGGCGCUGGUGGAGGAGGAGGGGCGAGUGGAGUGGAGGAGGCGGUUAAAACGCUCAAGGGCAUUCGAGUUCGAGUCACCUCUGAAAGAGGCGGGGCAGGUGGACGAGGCGGGGCAGGUGGGCGAGGCGGGGCAGGUGGGCGAGGCGGGGCAGGUGGGCGAGGCGGGGCAGGUGGGCGAGGCGGGGCAGGUGGGCGAGGCGGGGCAGGUGGACGAGGCGGGGCAGGUGGGCGAGGCGGGGCAGGUGGGCGAGGCGGGGCAGGUGGGCGAGGCGGGGCAGGUGGGCGAGGCGGGGCAGGUGGGCGAGGCGGGGCAGGUGGGCGAGGCGGGGCAGGUGGGCGAGGCGGGGCAGGUGGGCGAGGCGGGGCAGGUGGGCGAGGCGGGGCAGGUGGGCGAGGCGGGGCAGGUGGGCGAGGCGGGGCAGGUGGGCGAGGCGGGGCAGGUGGGCGAGGCGGGGCAGGUGGGCGAGGCGGGGCAGGUGGGCGAGGCGGGGCAGGUGGGCGAGGCGGGGCAGGUGGGCGAGGCGGGGCAGGUGGGCGAGGCGGGGCAGGUGGGCGAGGCGGGGCAGGUGGGCGAGGCGGGGCAGGUGGGCGAGGCGGGGCAGGUGGGCGAGGCGGGGCAGGUGGGCGAGGCGGGGCAGGUGGGCGAGGCGGGGCAGGUGGGCGAGGCGGGGCAGGUGGGCGAGGCGGGGCAGGUGGGCGAGGCGGGGCAGGUGGGCGAGGCGGGGCAGGUGGGCGAGGCGGGGCAGGUGGGCGAGGCGGGGCAGGUGGGCGAGGCGGGCAGCACUGCCAGAGCGGGCGGGGCAGCAGUGCAGCAGGAGAGGGUGGAGGCGCUCAACACCGCCAGAGCGGGGGGAGCAGCCGUGCAGCAGGAGCGGGUGGCAGCGCUCAAGGCGCUGCGCCAGCUGCUCUCGGCCAAUCACAGCCCGCCACUUGGCGCUGCCGUGCGCUGUGGGGCUGUGCCUCUGCUGGCGGAGUGCCUGGCGUUUGGAGCCCCGGAGGCGCAGCUCCUGGAAGCAGCGUGGUGUGUAACCAACAUAGCAUCGGGCGAGGCAGAGGAGACUCGUGCUGUGCUGCCCUGUGCUGCUCUGCUCGUCGCCCACUGCACUGACUCCCCGUCACCCGCAAUAGCGGAGCAGUGUGUGUGGGCGGUGGGCAACAUAGCAGCGGAGGCAGACGACCUGCGAGCACAGCUGCUGGAUCAGGGCGCCCUGCCCGCCCUCACUCGCCUCCUGCUCGCUGCUGCCUCUGGGGGCAACACGGGGGCCCGCUGGUUAACGGCACAGGCACCCUCUGCCAUGGCAUCACUGGCCAAGACAGUGGCAUGGGCGCUUUCCUCUCUUAUUAAGGGCCCCAGCCCCCGUGCAGCCGUUGAUCUGGUGAAAUCGGACGGUGUUGAUGCAGCGAUUGUGACCCUUCUGUCCUCAGGCAAUGCAGAGGCAGCAGUGGAGGCGGCAUGGGUGGCGGCGUACGUGACAGCGCUGUCAGAUGCUAGCACAGAGAGGCUCGUGGCUGCCGGGCUCAUAGAGGCCCUCGUGCCCCUGCUCUCCUCCACCACUGACGUCGCUCUCCUCACUCCUGUGGUGCGGGCAAUAGGCAACCUGACAGCAGGAGAUUCCAGCAGAACCACUCGCCUGCUGACAGCUGGCACGCCCUUCCAAGCCCAAGCCAUCGCUGCCCCAGCCCCACCGGGUGUGGUAGCAGCAGCAGCGGCAGGGCCCGGGUUGUUAGGACUGGCAGAUUGUCUUGAGAACAAACACCAUGGGCUGAAGAAGGAGACAGCGUGGGCAGUGUCCAACGUGACAGCUGGCGACAGCUGGCACAAGGCGGCUGUGAUUGGUGGAGACACAGGGGCGAUGGGAGAAGCAGGCGGGGCGUCGAGGCUGUACCAUCUGCUCGUUCACUUGCUCCGCACGUCACCCUUCGACAUCAAGAGAGAAGUCGCCUUUGCUCUCGCGAAUCUCUGUGUGGAUCCUGCGGAGCAAGAGCCAAUGGGAGAGCGCCACGUGGCGGUCCAGCAGUCGCGCGUGGCAGCACUAGUGGCCGCGGGGUGCCUGCCGCCCUUCCUCUCCCUCAUCCGCUCCGCUGACGCCGAUGCUGUGCGGCUGGGUCUGCAGUUCACUGAAGUGGUUCUGCGUGUACUACCGGACAAAAGAGGCCCCCGGCUAGUGGAGGAGGCAGACGGCAUUGAUGCAAUAGAAGCAGCCCAAUAUAUAGGCAAUCAGGAGCUACACUCCAUGUCAAGCUAUCUUGUCGACACAUAUUUUGGGGAAGACUACGGACUGGAAGAGGGAGGGUGA